UGCCUGUUUUCAGUCAGCUUUUGUCCAGCUACCUCUGAAGAACAGUCUCUUACCCUGAAGCCGUUCACUUAUGAAUUCCAAGUGGAAAAUUUUUUUACAUUGUAUCAUGUGAAAACUGAAAUUUUUCCACCAUUGGGGGCAGAGUAUUGUAAAAUAGGCUCACUCUGCUCUUUAGAGGUGUCAAUCACCCGACUUGUUGACCUCUCAGAGGUUGACAGAGAUGAAGCAUUGACAGAAUCAGAUGGAUAUUGCACAACAAAACUUAUGUAUGAAGUUGUUGACAACAGUAGUAACUGGGCAGUCUGUGGAAAAAGUUCUGGAGUGAUAUCUAUGCCUGUAGCAGCUCAAGCAACUCACAAGGUCCACAUGGAAGUGAUGCCACUGUUUGCGGGAUAUCUACCUUUUCCUGAUGUCAGAUUGUUUAAAUACCUCCCUCACCAUUCUGCUCACUCCAUGCAACUUGAUGCUGAUAGCUGGAUUGAAAAUGAUAACCUCUCUGUGGACAAGAAUGUGGAUGAUCAAGCUGACAGCAGCAGCAUAAGGAGCAGAGGUAGCUUGCAUUCUGCAGCUAGUGGGGAACACAAAGGUUUGCCAAUGCCCCGUCUGCAAUCGUUUUCAUCUGGUCAGGUCUUCAACUGCAGCACGGGUAUGCAAAUACUUGUCAUUCCCAGCAAGGACGACCAUGUUCUGGAAGUCAAUAUCACGUGACAACACAGUAUGAAAACAAGGAAAACAAAAAACAUUUGAAACUGGAUAUGAAAGCACUUUAAAGGAUUAUGACCUGAUUCGUUGUUGUUGUAACAUUCUAACUCUACGGAGACCUAUGGCACUCAACAUGUACUGGCCAUGGAAGCACCAGACAAUUGUAUCAAUUUAAAUGUACA